UUGAGAUGGUUAGCUAAGCUAUGUAGCUGCUCCACCUACACUACCCUGUAUAUAUGUUUCCAAAUGAGAUGUGAAUAAAUUUUGCAAGAGUCCAAAAACAGAAAUGAAGUCUGAAAGAGCAGAUCCCAAUGUUAUUAGUCCACCACUAAUUGAAUAAUGAGCGCACGUUGGCUCUCUCUCUCUCUCUCUCUCUCCAUCCAUAUCCUGCUGGUAAGGAGGUGCAGACAAUGGUUGACUCUAAUAGAAGAGUGAGGUGCAGAUUGAUUGAGUGGAAGAGAGACCCAAUGACUUAUGUCCCAAUGGUUCAAAUGUUGUUUCAUAUAUUCUUCAUGUAAAGCCCAUUGUCCCACCAUCCUUUCUCUCUCCCUCACUUCAAUAUCAUCCACCAAAUACUAUACAUACACAUACAACUUUUUCUUGGAUCUAUUGAUUGGGAUUCCCAAAGUCAACUUUCUUGCACCUACUAUAAAUUGGUCCAAUUGAGGGCAAUGUAAAUCACACUUGAGCUCGUCUCUUCACAUUAAGUUUUCUUGAUCUACUAAUAUAAAUAGACAUAUGGAAGGCGAAGACGGGACGUCCGCGCCUUCCACGCCUGUGACGCCUGGAACACCAGGCGCCCCUCUCUUCGGAGGCUUCAGGAAUGGGAAUGGGAAUGGGAGAAGAUCUUCUCUCCUUAAAUGCUUCAAUGUUGAAUCUUGGUCCUUGGAAGAGGGGCCCUUGCCCCCUCUCUCUUGCUCAUUGCCUUCACCUCCUAUCUCUCUCGCUAGAAAGGUGGGAGCGGAGUUUAUAGGGACACUCAUAUUAAUAUUCGCGGCGACGGCGGCACCAAUAGUGAACGAGAGGAGUGGAGGGGCGGAGACGCUGGUGGGGCUGGCGGCGUCGUCGGGGCUGGCCGUCAUGAUAGUCAUUCUCUCCACCGGACACAUCUCCGGCGCGCAUCUCAAUCCCUCAGUCACCCUCGCCUUCGCCGCUCUCCGCCAUUUCCCCUGGAAACAUGUGCCAGUGUACAUAGGUGCACAAGUUAUUGCAUCAAUAUGUGCUUCGUUUAUGCUCAAGGCCAUAUUUCAGCCAAUGAUGGGAGGCGGGGUUACUGUUCCUGCAGUGGAAUAUGCUCAAGCAUUUGCAUUGGAGUUCAUCAUCACCUUCAACCUUAUGUUUGUUGUCACUGCAGUAGCCACUGAUACAAGAGCUGUGGGCGAGCUUGCGGGGAUUGCGGUUGGAGCUACUGUUAUGCUCAAUAUACUCAUAGCCGGGGAAAGUACCGGAGCAUCGAUGAACCCGGUGAGAACUUUAGGGCCAGCGAUUGCUGCAAACAACUAUAGAGCCAUAUGGGUGUACCUUACUGCACCAAUCCUUGGAGCUCUUGCCGGCGCUGGUGUUUAUUCUGCCGUUAAGCUGCCCGAUGAAGGCGACAAAGCACACGACAAACCUUUGGGAGAACAUAGUUUCAGGAGAUGAAUUCAGAUGACCUGGCAUUAAGGCAGGCAAGACUACACAUAUAUGUAUACAUAAGUCACAUGUAACAAGAUGGUCAAUGUGCGCUCUCUCUACUAUGUAUAGAUCGAGCAAUAUAUCUGAAUACUACUUGGCUGGGAAAAGAAGUCCACAUGUUUAUGAACACUCCUGUAACUUGAACCUGCACACACAAACAUGUCUACUCAACUUAUUUCCAUCCCUAACUCUAGAGUGUCACGAGCAUCUUUGUAUGAGAGUUGGAGCUUGUUUAAUGGCAAGAAGCUACGUGAAUUCCUCUUA